AUGGAACAGAACAUGAUACUUUUUUUUUCACAGGCUAAAGUGGAAAAACACAAGCGUCACAAUCCAUUUAUGGCCCAUUUACGCUCUGCAGCCAAGGCUGCAUCUGAUGAUGAAGGGCUGAAUGAAGAUGAGGAAUCUGCAUCCAAAGAGGAAAAGAAUGAAGACGUGAACAAGGAAAAAACGGAGACCAAAGUCAAGAAAAAAAAGAAGCACAACCCGUUCAUGCCUGGUGUAAAGAAUGAAGGUGAAAACAGGUCCGCGUUUGACCAGUUGGAGGACUACCGUAUUGGCCCUGCCUCAGCAGAAGAUAGUAAUGAUGUGGAUCUUAUGGAUUGGUGGGAAAAUGUGGAACAGUGGAAAGACACACCUCAACAUGAAGACAUGACUGAAAAAGAAGAGGCCAAGGCCUUUGCUUUGACCGCCGAGAAGCUGCAGAAGGGCAUCAGAGUCUUCAACAAACUGUUCACGGAGAGGGCAGAGAGCCUCUGGCAGCAUGUCAUCGACCUCAACGGCAUCGCUGAUGGGCUCGACAAGUUCAGCAAGAACACAAAGAUCGCUCAAAUCACAGGCGGCUCCACCAGCGCCGUUGGGGGCGUCGCCACUGUUGCUGGCCUCGCCCUGGCUCCCUUCACCAUGGGAACUUCCUUGAUUGUGACUGCAGUGGGCCUGGGCAUUGCUGCAGCAGGCGGUCUGACAUCAGCAGGUGCCGGCAUCUCCAACCAGGUCAACAACACCAUGGACCGCAAGAAGGUGGAGAAGAUCGUGCAGGACUACCAGGAGAAGAUGGAAGACCUGAACAAGUGCCUGACGUUCAUCAAACAGGGUAUUGAGAACCUGCACAGGUUCGAUCUGAUCAAGAUGAAGAAUAGCGCAUACAAUCAGGACUUCCCUGCACUUACUAGCAGAUUCUAUGAAGAUGGCGCCAUGGCUGGAAAGGCGAUCCUCAUCAGUGCCAAUGAGAUCAUGCGUUUUGUCCAGAUCGCCCAUGUAGCAGGUAGCACCGCAGCUAGAGCAGUCCAGAUUGCUAGUAUGGCAACUGGCGUGCUCACCGGACUCUUUGUAGUUAUGGAUAUCUACUUUGUGUCCAAAGACUCCAAAGAACUCAAGAAAGGGGCAAAAUCAGAGUUUGCAGCCAAAAUCAGGGAGGUGGCGCAACAGCUGCACGAUGGUCUGGUGGAGCUGAACUCAAUACACCAAGAGCUGCAGUUCAACUCACCAGAAAAAGACUCUGAGAAGACCACAGAAGAUCUGGACAGUGAAAAGAAAGAGAAGGAUGGAAAAGAUUUGGACAGUGAAAAGAAGGACAAUGACAGCUCAGAUGAAGAUGAAAUUGACCGCAUUAAAAAAGCCAUCAAAAAGGACCUUGAGAACCAAGAAUAUGUUUGA